UCUUGAUUAAAGCGGACGUUUCUCUUGCGUGCCGGAAAUCUCGCUGCUCGGAAAUUCCAGUGAACGCGGGAAUAUUAAUAUUCCUUUGGUUGAUCAGGACUAAGUGCUUGCUCGGUUUUUAUUAAAUUGCAGUGCGUUACAAGUUUAUUUGCAAUUGGUCACGAUCCAUUUGGUGGAAUUCUUGGAAUUUGUUCCACUGCAGAUGACUACACUAGAACGCACUUACACAGCGGCAAAACAACUGUUACGCCUACGCAGCAGCAGCAGCAACAACAAAAACAGAGAGGAAUUAGCAGCGAGCAGCAACAAUUUUCCACCCAAAAGGGGGAAAUAACUGUUUCAAAAAGGGACCACUCGAAUUAAGUAGCUUCUAAAAAUGGCUUGCACCUGCGAAGUAAUUGGCCUUGCUUGCAUAGUGGCCUUAAUACUGAGCGCUACGGCGAAAGCUCCCUAUCAAAUGCGGAUGGUCUUUAUAUUCUUUGGAGCGGGUGCUAUAGUCCUGAUUUGCGUGCCCUUUAUGAUCCUGCGACCGAGGGACUACCGAAAUGCGCUCGUUCCAGCCUGGUGCUUCCGGCAGCUGUGCCGCCUGAUGGGCAUCUCGAUGGAGGUUCGGGGCCUGGAGAACGUGCGUAAGGAUCACGGUUCUGUGGUGAUCAUGAAUCACCAGAGUGCCGUGGAUCUGUGUGUGCUGGCCCACCUGUGGCCGGUGAUCGGCAGGGCAACGGUUGUCUCGAAGAAGGAGGUGCUCUACCUUCCCUUCUUUGGCAUUGGAGCCUGGCUGUGGGGAACUCUGUUCAUCAAUCGAUCUCGCAAAACGGAUUCGAUCAACUCACUGCAGAAGGAGGCCAAGGCAAUACAGGAGCGGAACUGCAAGUUGAUGCUCUUUCCGGAGGGCACACGCAAUUCCAAGGAUUCGCUGUUGCCCUUCAAAAAGGGCUCGUUCCACAUCGCCCUCCAGGGCAAGAGUCCCAUCCAGCCAGUGGUCAUAUCCAAAUACUCAUUCAUGGACGAUGAGAAGAAGACUUUCCGCCCUGGCCACGCCCUCAUCCACAUUCUUCCAGAGGUCUCGACCGAGAAGUAUGCGAAGGAGGAUGUGCAGCUGCUGAUCGACGAGUGCCAGUCCAUCAUGCAAACGGAGUACACGAAGCUGAGCAAAGAAGGCCUAGCCUUGAGCUCGAAGAAGCAGGCAUAGGGCCUGGAUGGGCUAGGAAUCAACUCAGGUUACAUGAAAAUAACACCCUGGUGUACAGUAGUUCCUGCUUGGGGAUUUAAUUUAUAUUUAAUCUACAAGAUUUGUCUAAGCGUGAAUAAGAGGAAUCGAAAUGUAAGGGACGUGGAACCAUUUGCCUAUUAUUAAGCUACACUUCAUCGUUAAAUGGGUGUAUUUUUGAUUAAUAUUAACUGUUUUACCUCCAGCACAUGCGUGUGCAUGCCUAGAGCUUUUUCUGACCAAAAGUCAACAAAAGACAUUUUUACAAAAGAAGAAAGCACAUUUGUUAGAUGUUUAGCUUUAUGAGAAUAAUGAAAUGAGACAAACAUUUCGCA